UGUACAUCUGUAUCAUUGAACAAAUAAGUUUGAAAGUACACAUCUGUUUGUAUAUUAUUCAUGUCGAACUGGUAUGUCUAAUUGAAAUUAGUUUCUUGAAGUUGUAGGUAUAAGAACCUUGAAAUUGUAAGUAUUCAUCUAUAGAUGACAUAUUAUCGAAACUUUCUUGUGAAAGGUAACCUUGAAAGAUAGUUUCUUGAACUGUAUAAUUUACAUUUGUUUAGCAUUGCUUUGUUUUUUAUAAUUUAUCCGAAAUACCAUUUAUUAUCUUCAUUUUUAUAAUCGAUAAUCAUUUUCAGUUGAUAGGUUCGUCACGUCUUACUUCUCGCUUGUUUGUUAACUCCCCGUGUAAAAGCAAGUCGAUAAUGGAAAAUGACAAUUGGAAAUUUCAUGAUUAUGAAAUUUCCUAAAGUACGUGUACAUUUUAGAGAUAAUGAGAUUUGGUUGAAUGGAUUUAUUUUUUGCACUUGGGCAUCAUUUUCCUAUUUACAAACAAUAUCGUUACGUUGGUAGAAAUUGCAUUACUGUACUAAGUUACGAACAGAGUAUCCAAGUGUGAAAAAAAUCCAUUCAUCCAAUAUAUAUAUAUAUAUGUAUAUAAAUAGUAUAGUGACUUCCAUGACGCAAUAGGGUUUACAAAAAACUGGCUUUAAAUAACACUGACGAUUGGUCAUUUUAAUGGUAUUUAUUAGAAAAGAUUAAACGAAAGUAUAUUUGAAUCACGUUAAUCAGUAUUUCAACAUAUUGCGUAAAUAUCUUCUCAUCGAUUUAAAGUCUAAAGGAAUAAGCAUUAUUUCAUAUGAUGUCAGAGACAAAGUUCCGAAGAUAUUUAACAAAUUUAGUCAGAUUUCUUUUCAUAAUUAAUAUCCAUUUAAUUAUUGAUAUUGUAUUAUAUUUAAUAUGAGUUACCGUCUAAUUAAUUUGUCUAAUAAGAAAUAUCUGAAAAAAAAAGUAUCAAAAAUCAUCGAAAAUUUUAUAUGUAAAAAUCGUCGAUCUAUUUCUUCCCACUUAUCCAUGAAAAGACGAUCCACUCUCCUUAAUUCGUCCCUUUUCUCUAGCCCUUAUUUUUCUUUCGCCGACGAUGCGUCGAAACGAAAGUAGGAUUAAUGAAAAUAGAGAGUACGAGGAGGGCUGUGAGGAGGACCGCACUAAAUGCACGUGUAUAUAUGACCGAGAAGAGAAAGAGAGGGUUCUGCAGCUUUGAUUAAUCGAUGCCGGUCAGAGUUUCUAGAGAAAGACGUCACUCGCAAGACUGCCUUCGUCUAGCCUUUGCCACGCAUUGUGUUUAUCUUGCCCACUUACUUCAAAUCUUUAUUCCAUCGUCUUUCCUUUUUAUUAGAAAACAAAAAAAAAAAAAGAAAGAAGUAAGGAAAGACGAGCUAUUGAAUAAACGAUCAAAUGAUUCAAUUGAUUUUAAAUAUAUAUAAAAUGGAUGUUUAUUUGUUAAUAAUAAUUUGCAAAUUUAUUUAAUAGAAAUAUAUACAUAUAUAUCCAUAUACAUGUAUAUAUAUUUUUUUAAAUAAAAAUUUUUAUACACCAUUUUAUUAUGGCUAGUAAUUUGUCUUUAUGUUAAAGUGAUUCAACGGAUUGCUUAUUCUAAUGAUAUUCAAUAGAAGAAAUCAAACGAAAAUAUAUUUGAAGCACGUUAAUCAUAUAUUUCUAGAUAUACACAAUGAUAUUUCUAUCUCUCAAAAUAAAUGUGAAAUCCUAUUCAUAUACUUAGUAUAUUCAUAUACUUAGAAAGAGAAGAGAGAAAUUCAACGAACGAUUACAGAACAAUUUUUCACGAAUUUUCUCGAAAAUCACAGAUAUAUCGCGUGAGAAGAAUUUUCAGAACAUAUUCUAAAUCUCGCUAUCGCGAUGAUUCGUAGAGGGGUUGCACACAUGGUGGGAUGUCGAUUGUACGAGGAUUGAACAAGGAUGGAACGUUUUUGCGGGGAGUAUUCAAUGUGAAUUUUGUAUCAAUAGCGUUAAUAGUGGGAGGGGACUUAGCAGGAGUCGAAUAUCGAAGAAGCGAACGUGUCGGGGGUGGUUUGGCUUGGUAGUGAAUCAAAGGGCAGCUGAUAGAAAGGGGGGCCUAUGGCCUCCCUCGGCGUAUACAGGAGGUGUGCUAGGGGGUCCAAAUUUUGUAGCCUGGGUAGGCCAACUUCCCUCUCCACUUUCUCAUUUUCCUUUCAUACCGUACCGAGCAAAGUUCUUUGGGCUGUACUUUCGUGUACAGUAAUAAACCAGUGAAAGUUUCCUGGGUUGUCCCUUUUGAAAUGCAUUAAGCCCAUGUACAGUGGAUGGACAACACUGUUGCUAUAUCUCUAUUUUGUUACGAGAAUUAGAAAAACGCUUCAUUCAAUCGUAAGACGUCUCAGUGCUUACUUCGUUCUCUUAGCUCUCUUAGCUCUCUUAGCUCUCUUAGCUCUCUUAGCUCUCUUAUAGAAGUUCACACAAAGUUACAAACACUAGAACAAUUUCUUAAAAGUGUGCAAUCGGUGAUAAAAUAUAUAUUAAGUGCAAGAAGAAAUAGUUAAGUGCGAGUUAAAAGUUAAAAAGUGAAGUAAGUGUUUCUACAUCGUAUAAUUAAAAUGAGCAAUCCAUCCUAUCAUUAUAACAUGGGAGUUAACUACUGCUCUUAUCCAGAAAGACAGAUUGGCAAUGAAUUGAAUCUAACAGCUUGUAAUGAAGUCAAUCAAAGAAUUGGCAACGAAAUCAGUCAAACGGUAGGCAAUGAAAUAUGCCAAAGAACUGGCAAUCAAAUUAUUCAAAGGAUAGGCAAUGAAAUGUGCCAAAGAACUGGCAAUCAAAUUAUUCAAAGGAUAGGCAAUGAAAUGUGCCAAAGAACUGGCAAUCAAAUUAUUCAAAGGAUAGGCAAUGAAAUGUGCCAAAUAACUGGAAAUCAAAUUAUUCAAAGGAUAGGCAAUGAUAUAUGCCAAGGAAUUGGCAAUGAAAUGCAGCAAAAUACUAAUAACCAAAUGAAUCAAGGAGCUGGAAACUGUUACAUGGAACAGCAAGAGUCAAGCAAUCAAUCAACGAGUCUCUUAGAAUCUAUUUUGCGUCAUGGAAAAGAUGCAGUUCAGGAUGGGUAUAUAAAUUCGUGUACAGAAAGUAUUUCGCCGGAAAGCAUGGAGAAUAUGAUAUCAGUAGAGGGAUGCUUGGAAUCUACAGCAAAUACUGUGAUAAUGGGAUAUGAACCAAAUCUCUCCUUAUUGCGACAACGUAAUUAUGUUACUUCGAUGACGGCAUCCAACUCGACAAUGACGGUCCAACGACACAUCUCCGAUCAAUCAGCAUCGGAAACUGAGAAUGUUGCUAAAGGACAAACCAAACGAACUAGGCAAACCUAUACACGUUACCAGACAUUAGAAUUAGAAAAGGAAUUUUAUACGUCACGAUAUUUGAGUAGGAAACGUCGUAUGGAAAUAUCAGAUUUGUUAGGUUUAAGCGAACGACAGAUCAAAAUUUGGUAUCAAAAUAGAAGAAUGAAAGCUAAAAAGGAGGGUCAAGUGGCCGUCAAUCCAACGAAUAAUAGAAUAUUAAAUAAUAUUCCAACCGUUCAACGUUCAUCAACUAAUGCUCGAUCGCGUACCACUCGAAUUCCAAAUUCAUCAAUUGUUAAUUCAAUGUGUACAAAUCGCGUAUCAAAUCUAUCAAAUCCUGUUCCAUCUACGUCAAGAGGAAUAGUUCCCAUAACUGGGCAACAACUUACAUUUCCGCAAUACGAACAACAAAAUCAACAAUAUUACCAGCAAUACAAUCAACAACAUUUUGCCGUCCCAAUGCAGCACAACUUACACAAUUCUUAUUUUGGUUAUAAUAAUAACCACACAAUGCCUAAUAUGCAAUAUUUUCAACAGCAACAACCACAAUAUCCUAAUUACAAUAAUAUUUGUUAUUAUGAUAGAAGAACCUACGACGGAAGUAAUUCAAUGGGCGGUUACAACAAUAAUCAUUGAAUGGGCAAAAUAAAUUUGAAUGGUCCUCUAUAUUUUUUUUUUUUUUAUUAAAAAAAAAAAAAAAAAAAAAAAAUGAAGAAAAAAUAAGAAAGACGAUCGAUUUGAAUAAUACGAUACAUGUGUCUUAUUACUGAUAUUACUGACGGAUGUUGUUAAUGUUACUUAGGUAUAAUAAAAAAAAUUUUUUUUCUGCAAUACAUUAUACGAAUUAACGCAUGAUGACAAUAUAUGUUAAUAAUAUAUAGAAAUAUUAACAAAUGUAUAAUUAUUUUAUAUAGAAGUUGUGUUUUUAUGAUCGAACUUAAGAAGUUAUGCCAUUAAUAAUUUUUUGUUUUAUUUUUUUCUUUUAAGAACAAGAAGCCCAUCGAUGUCAUUUUCAAAGAUUGGCAUGAAAAUUUUUGUAUCUAACUGAACUGGAAUGAUUAAUGAUGUGUUGAAUGUUCGCUCAUGUGGUGACCGAAGCUACGGGGAUUCCGAAUGGUCGAUCGAGAUGGACACGCGAGUCCUCUGACGUAGACACAUCGACACAUAAACGAUGCAGCGAGCGAGUUUCUUAUUGCAUGAGUAUAUAUAUAUAUAUAUAUAUAUAUAUAUAUAUAUAUAUAUGUAUGUGUACGCAUGCAUGCAGAUAUCUACGCUUCUCUGUGAAAAGAUGUCCUACCUCGUCCAAAGCGUACAAUAAUAAAUAAUAAUCCGGUGAGGGUGAUACUUGUAGAAAAAGUAGAGGGUUCUUUAGGUGAAGGGCGAAUUGCAAAUGAUUCCGAAUACUAACUCCAUUUUCAAUGGAUGGAUAAUAGUUAACUUAUUCCAUUGAUCUAAAUGAAAUAAUCACAAGAAAUAAUUUUUCUUUUCUUUUUACUCUAUAUAGGUAUAUCAUGGAGA